UCUUCUUUUUAAACGCCUCUUUUUCAUUCAUUUCUUUGCUCUCUUACUCUUUCUCUUUCUCUCUCUCUCGCCAAAAUCUGGGCAUGAUAGUCUAGCUAUUAUAUGAUUAUUGUCGAACUUUAAUUUCUUUUAGUAACAAUAAAGGAAAAGAAAUUUGAAUCAUGGUAUUGCACGACUCCGCCAUGUCAACGGGGAGUAACAGUGGCAGCUCAUCAUCAUCGUCCUCCAAACCACGGCUGCCGCCUCAGCAGCAGGAUAUCGAUGGGCUACUUCCUGGAGCUGGAUACAAAGUCCGGUCAUCCGAACUGCGAAAAGUAGCUCAGCAACUUGAACGACUCGAAACGGCCACGGUUAAUUCCCUCGCAGAUUCCUCUCAACUCUCUUCCGAUGCUACCCAUAGCUACUAUAACCCUUCCGAUAUCACCUCCUGGGUCGACUCGCUGCUAUCCGAGUUCGCUCAACCUCCUACUUGCCCAUCCGAAUUCAUCAUGGAUCCUGUAACCAAUAAGACGGCGAUAAAAAAUGCGUGGACCUCCAAUGAACAUCAUAUGCCGCAGGUGCACCAGAAUAUUUCUUACGAGCAACAAAGUUUGAAUCAUCAGUUGACGGUUGUAACAGCCAUGGAAGAAGAUUCCGGCAUAAUGCUGGUCCACAUGUUGAUGACGUGUGCGGAGUGCGUCCAACGUGGAGACCUCUCAUUGGCUACUUCAUUGAUCGACGACAUGCAAGGGUUACUGACACGUGUCAACACCGUUUGCGGUAUCGGUAAAGUUGCUGGUCAUUUUAUCGACGCAUUGAGCCGUCGUAUUUUCCAAGGAAUUGGCGGCGUCUUUAUUAACGGUGGCUCCGGUUAUGAGAACGAAAUUUUGUAUCAUCAUUUUUACGAAGCGUGUCCAUACUUGAAAUUCGCUCACUUCACGGCCAAUCAGGCGAUUCUCGAAGCUUUAGACGGUCACGAUUGCGUCCACGUGGUGGAUUUCAAUUUGAUGCACGGCUUACAAUGGCCAGCUUUGAUACAAGCCCUCGCUCUACGUCCCGGUGGACCUCCUGUACUUCGUUUGACAGGCAUUGGACCGCCAUCGCCAGAUGGCCGUGAUUCGCUUCGCGAAAUCGGUUUCCGACUCGCCGAGUUGGCUCGGUCAGUCAACGUCCAUUUCGCCUUCCGUGGAGUCGCAGCUUCCAGGCUCGAAGACUUUAAGCCGUGGAUGCUUCAGGUGAAUCCAAAAGAAGCUGUGGCUGUUAACUCAAUCAUGCAGCUUCACCGCUUACUCGGAUCCGACUCGACUGGGAAUUCUACUAUCGAAACGUUUUUGAGUUGGAUCCGGAGCUUAAACCCGAAAAUUAUGACUGUUGUUGAACAAGAAGCAAACCACAACCAACCCGGUUUUCUGGACCGGUUCACGGAAGCUCUUCAUUAUUAUUCAACGAUGUUCGAUUCUUUAGAAGCUUGCACAGUUCAAACGGAAAAAGCUUUAGCCGAGAUAUACAUUCAGAGGGAAAUAACCAACGUGGUGAGCUGUGAAGGGUCGGCUAGAGUGGAAAGACACGAGCCAUUAGCUAAGUGGAGGGCACGGUUGAGUGGAGCGGGGUUAAGGCCAUUACAUUUGGGGUCCAGCGCGUUUAAACAAGCUAGCAUGUUAUUGACUUUGUUCUCGGCGGAGGGGUAUUCGGUCGAAGAAAAUGAAGGGUGUUUGACUCUGGGAUGGCAUAGCCACCCUCUCAUUGCAGCCUCGGCUUGGCAUGCCUUGCCUGAUGCAGCGGGUGAUGUUCCCGGCGUGUGAUAAUCAUCAGACAUCCUCGUAGGAAGGCAAGACUGCAGAGUAAUAUUAAUAACUAAUAACUAAAGCCUUGAGGUAAAUUUGGGGUAAUUUGGUUAUUUUUAGAAAGUCUUUUUUUUUUUUUAACAGCUUUCAUCUGUGAUAUUUUCAAUAAGAUUUUACAUGACAAGAAAUCUGUUCCCAGACGUUUCAUAGUAUUUUAAUUACUUAUAAAAUACUACGUGUAUUGUGUGUGGACUGGAUUUAUGUUGUUGCCAAAGGCUGAAGCACACUGGUAGUGAUAUCGCACACUUUCUAAACUGGGGAAUUUGUUCAGAGACCUUUUUCAGGUUUUGAGUGCUGCUUGUGACCAAACAUGAAUCCAAAUCUCUCAUCCAACCACCAGACUUUGUUUUUUCUCAAAGAGAUGAUGAGUGCUGCAGGCAUUUGUGGCACUACAUGGAUAGGCCAUUGAAUCUGCCAAAUCCUUCUGCAAAAAGAGUAACCAUAUACAGCAAUAGCUACUUUUUUUUUUUUUUUGCCACUGUUAUUUCAAUGGGUGGGUGGCUUAAAUAAGGAUCACUGUAUCAGGCUAUCAGCCGACAGUUAACCAAACAUAAUACACUGCAUCUUCCAAGCUAAACAAAGCUUUCUGUUCCUUCAUUUUUAAAUAAGGUAGUACUAUUUGAAAUCAACUGAGUGAAAGCUAGCGAUGAGUUACGUUUGGUAGAAACAAGAGAGGGGCCAAUAGGGUUGAUUCUUCCUUCAUUAUUAUUAUUGUGUUUGAAUUAGAUAUUUAAAGACCAUGGGAGACAGAAUGAUGAUGAAUCAUGAGAGAAGGAGGUGAUGAUCGAUGAAUGUGGGUUUUCUGAAACAAAUCAAAAUACAAGGCACGAAAUUAAUCCAACGGGGGACCCCUUACCUAAAUAAUGAGACACAGCAACAUCCCCCAGACUCAGAGAUGGCAAAGAGAGGAAGAACACUCACAUGAGAGACCUGUGUGUUUCCCUGCAAACUGUAUUGUCUCGUUCCCUUCACUUGCUAAAUAGCUACAGUCAUAGCUAAGAGAUACUGCUUAUGCUGAGCUACUAAGACCUACCUAAGUUAACAUAUCAUGGUUUUGAUCAGGGUUGUUACAAAACUGUUUUUGGAUCGCCAUUUCCAGCAGACCAUUGAUCAGAGAACAUUGCCAUGAAAAGAAAUAAUUGUGGUAGAAAAAAAAA